AAAUCACAUCUAGUCUUGCUUUCCGCUGGAAUUCUGAUACGGCAACAACAAACAACUUUGCAAUCGUUAGUUACGACCAUGUUGUUUUCGUGUUAACUGCUUGAUCUAUAGGUGUAUGUACGUUGACCACGCACUGAAACUUCUCUGUUAUGUUAUAACUAACCGAUACAUUUCACCGUGCAUGCGAAAGGCCGAGACGAAAAGUGAGAGAAAAAAGACAAUUAUUUUUCUGCAGUUUGAAAAACAUCGUGUGCACUAUGGCUGAUGAUGAACUAGCAGCGAUUCGCGCGCGGCGUCUGGCACAAUUUCAGGCCGAAGUCGGCGGCCCCGGAGCACAGCAGCCGCAAGAUGAUGCUCAGCAAAGAGAGGAAGAUAUGCGAAAUCGUAUACUUCAACAGGUACUAUCACAACAAGCCCGCGCUCGCUUGAGCACGAUAGCCGCCGCAAAACCAGAGAAGGCUGCAAUGAUCGAACAAAUGGUUAUUCGAACGGCACAGAUGAACGGCACUGGACGGAAGAUCUCCGAACAGGAGCUUAUCGGUCUCCUUGAGAAGGUUUCCGAACAAACCCAGAGAACCACAAAGGUGAUCUUUAAACGAAGAAAAGGUGCAUUCGAUUCUGAUGACGACGAUUGGUAGCGGAACGAAACUACGCGCCGAUUACUGAUUUGCAAGUGUCAUCAGCCGAUGACUUAACUAGAGUGGAUUAAAUGUGUGUACAUUGAUGUUGUUCACCAUCAGAGCAGAUGUUCGAUGCGAACUCUUUGAUUUCUGAUUAUAGCAGUAUCAUCCCGUGUGAUGAAUAAAAUUACUAGUGUCCCUUCUAUAUAUUAUUACACAGCCAACUGUGAUUAUUAUGUAGCAGAUUAGAUAUGUCUUAGUAUUGACAAAGUGCCUCAGUGACGUGACUAUUUUCAAUGUUAUAAUAUCUAACGAAGCUAAUUAUGAAACGAUAUUUCUAUAUAUGCUGUCGCGAAAGGAUCACGUAGCGUUCUCGCAAGUUUUGUAGGCGAAUCAAUCCCUAUGAAAGCUAUACAAUUUACGAGAGGCCACAAAAGACGUGGUUUUGAAUUGUUGUGGAUACUUUAA